AGAGAUUAUAAUGUACUCUGUGCUAGAGAUCCUAAUUAAAUAAAUUGUAUUAAUGUAUUUCACAGAACAAGAACACUAAUACCCUUAGGCGGGAUGUAUUUACGCUUAGUUUUUUGCCAUACUAAUAAUAUUUAUGAAUCUAAAAAAUCUUUAAUACCUUCUAUACAAAACAAUAAGAUAAUGAAUAUCUAAGCUUUAAGCUCUACGUUUAUGUCGUACUCUUGAUUGUAAUUUAUUUAAUUACUAAGACAUAAAAAAUAUAAACAUAUUAUUCAAGUUUGUAGUGCUCAAUGGUUUAUCCUUGGAUUUUACUCAGGGGCAGUUUACAUACAUAAAUUUCACAUGGAUGAACAUCCAGACCAGAAACAUUUGUAGGCCAUACAGAUACUUGUUGGGGUUUUAACCAGUGGCCCUUAGCAUUGCAACACAUUACUAAGCCACUGUAUCACAGAAUUGCCAAAUUAGUAUAAUUUGAGGAAUGUCAGGAGAAAAUCUGGCAGUCGGGCAAGAAGUAGAUUGUGGAAACCCAUCUGGCUAUACUUAACCCUUUCACCGCCAUCGCUGUAAUAUUACGAAUUAUACGGUGAAUACCGUCAGCGCUACUCACUUAAUAUUCCGAAAUGCUCAUGUUGCUAAUGCAAAAACUGCGAGGUUAAUUCCAUUUUGCUAUUACAUUUAAUAUAUUUAAUUAAUUGUGGACAGUUGUAGAUAAAAUGUCAAAAAACAACAGAAAUAUAUAGUGUUACUAAGUGCAAGAUGAAAUUAAACACCUUGGUGUCUCGCCAUCCCCGUGAUAUUUCUGAAACCAGUGCUGCGCCACUGUAAAAGAUCUAUCAAAUUUAUAUUUUUAUUGUUUCAAAAUUAAAAUGAUAGUCAAGUCAUCAUAAUGUAAUUUUUUUAUGAACUGAACUAAACAUUCAUAAAAAUUUAAUUUCAUAUAUUAUUAUUUAAAUGAGUUUUGUGAUAAGAAAUAAGUUUAUGAAAAAUAUUAAUUUAUUAACCAAACAACCCAAAUGUAAAAUUGAAUUAUCCCGGUACGUCAUUAGUGCAUUCGAGUUGAGAAUGCCAGUACCGUGAUUUCAUGUGUGGCUCAAUGUCAAGUACAGUGACAUUUCUUCACAAACUAAAUUUUUAGGAAUUAUCAUUGAUGACGAACUGAACUGGAAGGCACAGGUCGAUAGUGUUUGCAGUAAAUUAUAUAAAUUUUCAUACGCCUUGUACAGGUUAAAUAAAAGAGCAAAUACGCAAACACUUCGUAUAGCAUAUUUUGGAUACGUUGAAUCAACACUUAGGUAUGGUGUUAUGUUUUGGGGAAACUCAGUGGAUCGGGAAAAGGUAUUCAAAGCUCAAAAAAAGUGCAUUCGAGCAAUCAAAAAUCUACACUGGACAGACAGCUGUAAACCACAUUUUAAAGAGCUGCAAAUUCUAACUUUUCCCUGUCUUUUUAUCUAUGAGACGGCUGUGUUUGUUUAUAGAAACCUAUCAUUGUUUGAAAAUUUAAAUAAUAAAAGGUAUCCCCUAAGAUUAAAAGUUCAACAAUCAAAGUCAGUAAAAAUGCGAAAAAGUAUAUUUUGCCUAUCCAUACCCAUCUAUAAUAAAAUACCCAAUGAUAUAAAGAAAAUAAAUAAUAUACAAACCUUCAAAAAAUCAUUAAAAACAUUAUUAAUUAAUAAAUCUUACUAUUCUAUUAAUGAAUAUCUUAAUGACAUAGAAAUUACAUAAUUAUAAUAUUUGUAUUUGAUUUGACAUACCAUGUAUUAUAUAUUUGACAUAUUACAUAUUGAUAACCCGAUGACAUCGACAUUUUUAAUUUGUAUUUUUUUUUAAUAUAUAUAGUUUAUUUCGUGACAUUAGCUUAAGAUGCAGUAUUUAUUUUUGACUCGUGUAUUUAACAAUAGUAAUAAUAAUUUGAAAAGAUGACAUUUUUAUUUACUUCAGUUUCUUUUUUUUUCUCAAUAUAGACGUAAAGGCGCCAUUACGAAAUGUGUUAUUUGUCAUGGGUAUCAUUGCACGAUGCUUUUCAUUUUUGAAUAUUUAAUACUACAUACACAUAUGAUUAUGGUUUUUUUAUAAUGUGCAAUCAAUUUUAAAAAUAUUACUUUUGCUUCUAUUGACAAUAUCGUAAUGAAUAUUUGUACACCACACUGUGGUAGAAUACACGAUACCUAAUGUAAAUUUUACGAACACCUAACUUACUGUAUUCACAAAUAAAUAAAUGAAUUUG